AUGGUGUCGUCGUCUUCUCUGUCAUGUCCCUUGUCUUCUUCAUUACUUGGCUCAUCUUCCAACCCUGCCUCCUUGAGUUACGGGUUGACUCCGCCUCCGUCUUCACACUCAAUGACACUUGUUUUGAGCUCAUCACCACCUGGGACCUCACCCUCCUCUCCGCCAACCCUUGGCUCGUCUUCCAACCCCGCCUCUCUGAGUUACGGUUCGACUCCACCUCCGUCUUCACACUCAAUGACACUCGUUUUGAGCUCAUCGCCACCUGGGACCUCACCCUCCUCGCCGCCAACCCUAACCACAAGCUCAGAAUUUAUUACGACAGCAUCCAUGCUACUAUCCCAACCCAUGAUUACCGGCUUGCCAAAACUUCGUUGCCCCAUUUGUUUUAACCAAGAGGAACCAAACAUGUAUCGGGUUCAAGCUGCGACGGUGAGGGAAUACGUCAAUGAUGACAUGGCCAAGGGAAUCUCUGAUGGGACAGAUCGUGGUCGGGAUAGGGGUGAGGAAGGAUGA